CCACUAGAAGUCUAAAUUACUGUUCUACUCUGACAAAUGCAAUGAAUCAAGGAUACGAGAAGCCACCCACAAAACAAAAAGGAAAAAAAGGGAAAGGAAUAAUGUGCGGAAGCUUGGCAGUUCCGCUAUAUUCUAACUCCCCCGCGGAGGCAGGCAGCUAUCUCUCAUCCCAGUUUCCUCCUAAAGCUCAUCAAGCUCUCGCCAUGGCCAAGAACACAUGCAGGGUCUGCUCCCGUCGCUUCGCCAGCCCCCGCGCCCUCGCCGGCCACAUGCGCUCCCACUCCAUCGCCGCCUCGAGGUCGCAGAUCUCCUCGGCGUCGUCCGCGUCCACCUCCAUCGCGGCCGGUGGCGACGUCGACGAGGCCAAUGGCAAGAAGUGCAUCCAGGGGCACAUGCUCAGGGAGAAACCCAAGCGGCGCGUCCGACUCGCCGAGUUCAAUUUCUCGGAUCGCGAGAGCGAGACGACGGACUGCCCCUCGACCGGCGCCAAGCGCGCGCACGCCGAUCCAGGGGACGCCGAGCCGGUGAGCUCGGUGUCCGAUGCGGCCACGCCGGAGGAGGACGUUGCGCUGUCCCUGAUGAUGCUCUCCCACGACUCCUGGCCCUCGCCGAAGCUGCCGUCCUACCGCGUCGACUCCGACGACGAGAGCGGCGCCCGCCCGUUCGCCGUGGCAGCGCAGAAGCAGACGCGGUACCAGUGCCCCGCGUGCAAGAAGGUGUUCCGAUCGUACCAGGCCCUCGGGGGGCACCGUGCCAGCAACGUCCGCGGCGGCAGGGGCGGCUGCUGCGCGCCUCCGCUCAACACUCCUCCUCCUCCUGCCCCUCUGCAUCCAUUGCUGGAAUGCGACGGUGGCGAGGAGGGCGCGAAGGCGCAGUGCCCCUACUGCUUCCGCCUGUUCGCGUCCGGGCAAGCUCUGGGCGGCCACAAGCGGUCCCACCUCUGCUCCGCCGCCGCCGCUGCCGCCGCCGCUGCGGCUGCAUCAGAAGCUGAUCCCCCAGUCACGAUCAAAAGCCUCGGCUUCAUUGAUCUGAACCUCCCUGCGCCCUUCGACGACGUGGAGCUCUCCGCCGUGUCAGAUCCCUUCCUCUCGUCGAAGCCAGGUCCUUGAAAGCAAGCAGAGCAAGCAAACCGACUGCUUUGUCUCGCUCGCCUUUCGGUUGAUUCCAAUGGAGAACGAGCUGCUUAGCAAAGCAGCCGGAAAGGUAAAGAAACUGAUAAAAAAGGAGACAUCUUUGCUUGGAUAGUUUUUUCUUAUUAUUGUUUGCGUUGAUUCAAUCAGCUACAAUAUUGCUGUAGUCCCCUUCUCGUUC